AGAAUGGGAGGGAAACGGGCGCUCAAAUUUCAGCCUGACAGGGGGUAAGGGGCCGGACUGAUAUUUGGGAAUAUACGAAGAUUCAUUGAAGGCAACGGACACAUAAAACUAACGCGGCUGGCCUGAAGCGGUCGGUGCUGAGUUUGUGCUGCAGGUCCGGGUCCUGCCGCUGGAUUCCCCCAUCGGUUCUCCGGGAAGAGUGAAUGUCGAAUGGUCUGGCUGUUGUAACUGGGGACACAAAACACUAAAACAGUGAGAGAAGCCUUCGCUCCCCUCGCACCCUUCUUUCUCCCACAGGGAACCUGCAUGUCUAAUAUUUAGACAUGUUCAACUUUAUGGAUUCCAGGACUGUACUGCUACUUGUAGCAACCCAAGUUUGUCUAUUAGCCAUUGUGAGAUGUCAACAAGAUGAUGACCAGGAGGACGCUUUUAGCUGUUUACUAGAUGGACAGCGUUAUAACGACAAGGAUGUAUGGAAACCAGAGCCUUGUCGCAUCUGUGUGUGUGACACUGGAACAGUCCUGUGCGAUGAAAUUGUCUGCGAGGAGCUGAAAGACUGCCCCAAACCUGAAAUCCCAUUCGGAGAGUGUUGUCCCAUCUGCGCUGCUGACCAGCCUCCAUCUAUUGGAGUACCUGGAGCUAAGGGUCAAAAGGGUGAACCUGGAGACAUUACAGAUGUUGUAGGACCAAGAGGACCACAAGGCCCAAUGGGGCCACCAGGAGAGCAGGGACCCCGCGGACCAAGAGGAGAGAAGGGAGAGAAGGGAAGUCCUGGUCCCCGUGGAAGAGAUGGUGAGCCUGGUACCCCUGGAAACCCCGGCCCCCCUGGACCUCCAGGACCAAAUGGACCCCCUGGCCUUGGUGGUAACUUUGCUGCUCAGAUGGCGGGUGGUUUUGAUGAGAAGGCUGGCGGCGCUCAGAUGGGUGUGAUGCAAGGACCAAUGGGCCCUAUGGGACCCAGAGGACCUCCUGGCCCCACUGGAUCACCUGGCCCACAAGGUUUCCAAGGCAACCCAGGAGAGCCUGGAGAGCCCGGACAAUCUGGCCCCAUGGGUCCCCGUGGCCCCUCUGGACCUUCUGGAAAACCUGGAGAUGAUGGUGAGGCUGGAAAACCUGGCAAAGGAGGUGAGCGUGGACCUCCAGGACCUCAGGGAGCUCGUGGAUUCCCAGGAACUCCUGGCCUGCCUGGCAUCAAAGGACACAGAGGUUAUUCAGGUCUUGACGGUACAAAAGGAGAGACCGGUGCUGUUGGCUCUAAGGGUGAGGCCGGUGCUCCAGGAGAGAGUGGUGCACCCGGACCAAUGGGACCUCGUGGUUUGCCUGGUGAGAGGGGGCGUCCUGGGCCCAGUGGAGUUGCUGGAGCACGUGGAAAUGAUGGCCUACCUGGUCCUGCUGGUCCUCCAGGUCCUGUUGGUCCAGCUGGAGCUCCAGGCUUCCCUGGCUCUCCUGGUUCAAAGGGAGAAGCUGGACCUACUGGUGCUCGUGGACCUGAGGGAGCACAGGGACCCCGUGGAGAGUCUGGCACUCCUGGAUCACCAGGACCUUCUGGUGCUUCUGGCAACCCUGGUACUGAUGGUAUCCCUGGAGCUAAAGGUUCAGCUGGUGCUCCUGGCAUCGCUGGGGCUCCUGGUUUCCCUGGACCUCGUGGGCCUCCCGGGCCUCAGGGAGCAACUGGACCUCUUGGGCCAAAGGGAACAUCUGGAGAUCCAGGUAUUGCAGGGUUCAAGGGAGAAGCUGGACCCAAAGGAGAAAUUGGACCAGGUGGUCUUCAGGGAGCCCUUGGUCCACAAGGAGAAGAAGGCAAGCGGGGACCCAGGGGUGAGCCUGGUGCUGCUGGACCACUUGGACCUCCUGGAGAGAGAGGAGCCCCUGGUAAUCGUGGUUUCCCAGGUCAAGAUGGUCUACCUGGUCCAAAGGGAGCCCCUGGUGAACGUGGACCCUCUGGAGCCAGUGGUCCAAAGGGUGCCAAUGGUGACCCUGGACGUCCUGGAGAGUCUGGACUUCCAGGUGCCAGGGGCUUGACUGGUCGCCCUGGUGAUGCUGGACCUCAAGGCAAAGUUGGGCCCUCUGGAGCUGCUGGUGAGGAUGGUCGUCCAGGACCCCCUGGCCCUCAGGGAGCCCGCGGACAGCCUGGUGUGAUGGGAUUCCCUGGACCCAAGGGAGCAACUGGUGAACCUGGCAAGGGUGGUGAGAAAGGACUGGCUGGAGCUCCUGGUCUGAGAGGUCUGCCCGGCAAAGAUGGAGAAACUGGCCCUGGUGGACCCCCUGGCCCUGCUGGUCCUGCUGGCGAGAGAGGAGAACAGGGACAGCCCGGACCCUCAGGCUUCCAGGGUCUUCCUGGACCUCCUGGUCCUCCUGGUGAAGGAGGCAAACCUGGAGACCAGGGUGUUCCUGGAGAGGGUGGGCCUGCUGGUGCCACUGGACCAAGAGGAGAGCGUGGUUUCCCUGGAGAGAGAGGAGCUGCUGGCACUCAGGGUCUGCAGGGACCCAGAGGUCUCCCUGGAACUCCUGGAACUGAUGGCCCUAAGGGUGCCAUUGGAGUAGCUGGUGGUCCCGGAGCUCAGGGACCCCCAGGCCUACAGGGAAUGCCUGGAGAGAGAGGAUCUGCUGGUAUUCCUGGGCCCAAGGGAGACAGAGGUGACAUUGGAGAAAAAGGUCCUGAAGGUGCUUCAGGCAAAGAUGGUGCCAGAGGUCUUACUGGUCCCAUUGGUCCUCCUGGUCCAUCUGGUCCCAACGGCGAAAAGGGUGAAUCUGGUCCCGCUGGCCCUUCUGGAGCUGCUGGUGUUCGCGGUGCUCCUGGUGACAGAGGAGAGACUGGACCUCCAGGACCUGCUGGUUUUGCCGGACCUCCUGGUGCUGAUGGUCAGCCUGGAACCAAGGGAGAGCAGGGAGAAUCAGGACAAAAGGGAGAUGCUGGUGCCCCUGGACCCCAAGGGCCAUCUGGUGCGCCUGGACCUGCAGGUCCCACAGGUGUUUCUGGACCUAAAGGGGCUCGUGGUGCUCAGGGUCCUCCUGGUGCCACUGGUUUCCCUGGAGCUGCUGGUCGAGUUGGACCUCCUGGUCCCAAUGGUAAUCCUGGACCCUCUGGUCCUGCUGGCCCUCCUGGUAAAGAUGGACCCAAGGGAGUAAGAGGAGAUGGUGGACCACCAGGCAGGCAGGGUGAUGCUGGACUGCGUGGUCCUGCUGGGGCUUCUGGAGAAAAGGGAGACCCUGGAGAGGAUGGUCCUCCUGGUCCCCCUGGUCCCUCUGGUCCCCAAGGAUUGGCUGGUCAGCGAGGUAUUGUUGGUCUGCCUGGACAGCGAGGUGAAAGAGGCUUCCCUGGUCUUCCUGGACCAUCUGGUGAGCCAGGAAAGCAGGGAGCUUCUGGUGGUGCUGGAGAUCGUGGACCCCCUGGACCUGUUGGACCUCCUGGACUCACUGGACCAGCAGGAGAACCUGGCAGAGAGGGCAACCCUGGAUCUGACGGCCCUCCUGGUAGAGAUGGUGCUCUUGGAAUCAAGGGUGAUCGUGGUAGCACUGGUCCUGCAGGCGCCCCUGGUGCUCCCGGUGCCCCUGGUGCUCCUGGCCCUGUGGGCCCCACUGGCAAGCAGGGAGACAGAGGAGAGCCUGGUGCACAAGGACCUGCUGGAUCUCCAGGACCUGCUGGAGCCAGAGGAAUGCCUGGACCCCAAGGACCCCGUGGUGACAAGGGGGAGGCAGGAGAAUCUGGUGAGAGGGGACAGAAAGGACACAGAGGUUUCACUGGUUUGCAGGGUCUCCCUGGACCGCCGGGUCAAGCUGGAGAUCAGGGUGCUACUGGACCUGCUGGACCUUCUGGACAAAGAGGACCGCCUGGACCUGUUGGCCCUGCUGGAAAGGAUGGUGCAAAUGGUCUGCCAGGACCCAUUGGACCCCCUGGACCUCGUGGUCGUAGUGGAGAGACUGGCCCAGCUGGUCCUCCUGGAAAUCCUGGACCCCGUGGUCCUCCAGGUCCCCCUGGCCCAGGCAUUGACAUGUCUGCCUUCGCCGGUCUGGGUCAGACUGAGAAAUCCCCCGAUCCUCUCAGGUACAUGAGGGCUGACCAGGCUGCCGGAAAUCUCCGUCAGCAUGAUGCAGAGGUAGAUGCCACACUCAAAUCUCUCAACAAUCAGAUUGAGAACAUCCGCAGCCCAGAGGGAUCCAAGAAGAAUCCUGCACGCACCUGCAGAGAUCUAAAGCUUUGCCAUCCUGACUGGAAGAGCGGUGAGUACUGGAUUGAUCCAAAUCAGGGCUGCACUGUAGAUGCAAUCAAGGUCUUCUGCAACAUGGAGACAGGGGAGUCUUGCGUGUACCCUAAACCUACCAGCAUACCACGCAAGAACUGGUGGUCCAGCAAGAGCAAGGACCGCAAACAUGUCUGGUUCGGAGAGACAAUGAAUGGAGGAUUCCACUUCAGCUAUGGUGAUGACAGCCUAGCACCCAACACUGCUGCCAUUCAAAUGACUUUCCUGAGACUGCUGUCCACCGAGGCCUCUCAAAACCUCACCUACCACUGUAAGAACAGUGUGGCCUACAUGGAUGCCUCAACAGGCAACCUGAAGAAGGCGGUGCUUCUCCAGGGCUCCAAUGAUGUGGAGAUCAGAGCCGAGGGUAACAGCCGCUUCACUUAUAGCGUCAUGGAAGACGGCUGUACGAGACACACAGGACAGUGGGGCAAGACAGUGAUCGAAUACAGGUCGCAGAAGACCUCCCGUCUGCCCCUUGUAGACAUUGCCCCCAUGGACAUCGGUGGAGUAGACCAGGAGUUUGGAGUUGACGUUGGGCCAGUCUGCUUUUUGUAAAGAACGAGGGAUUGCAAAGAAGAUAGAGAAGAAGUGGACAUUUGAAAAAAUUACAAAAUGAAAGAGGAGCACACUUCAGAAGAUGGAGAAGAGGAAAAGAAAAAUCAAGACACUUUUUUUUUAAAUGGGACUUUUUUCUAAGUAAAAAGUGCUUUUCCGAGUCGAACUUUGUAGGAUAUCUGCACUGAAUGGCACUGGCAACUGUCAUUUGUGAUUCAUCCAGCAUUGCCUCCAGUCAGCUCUCCCUCCCACCAUGCACACCCUCCAUUCCCUAAAUAUCCCCGUCUUUAGUCUUUGUGAAACACAAUACCCCUACCUACACCAUAUCUAUGAACAAAAAGGAGGAAGUAUGAGAAGAGUACAGGAACAUACCAGGGAACGAGAGAGAGAAAACAGUGUUUGGGUUUUAUUUAUUUAUUGUUUAGGUUUGGGUCCCAGGUGUGGUAGGACUGGGUUUUGCAAAGUAAUAAAAACCCAGUUACACAUAUUUAAAAGAAACAAAAAACUCAUCCACCAUUUUCCUCUUUUAUUUCCUCCUCUUUCCUUAUUGUCCCAUUGCUCCAGUAUCAUAUCCACUAAAGAAUACAUAUCUUUGAAACCAAAAAUCUAGCUACAUACUGUAGAAUGCAGGUGUUCCUAUUUCUACUACCACAGUGUGUAUCAAAAGUUACUGUGUAUUAUAAUAAAGUCAAUGGUGCUAUGUUGUAAAACAGUUUGUAUUUUUUAAACAACCAGAUACUCACAUUUAGUGACUUGUAUAUAUGUAUAUAUAUGUAUAUGUGUGUAUACAUAUAUAUACGGUUUCUUAGAAAGAGCAUUGCACCCUGGGAUUUUGGAUUUCAGAGUGAUAAAUAUCCCCCCUCCUGCUUCAAACACUUAACAAAAAAAUGGCCCUGAUUAAAUUUCACAAUCAAGGCAAUUAAGAAGAAAUUUCCAUUAAUUUUCUGAAUAUUUGUUUUGGUAUUUCAAAGCUACCUCUCACGCACACACACACACACACACACACACACACAAACACAUCACACAAAAGCAUUUCUCCAUGAACCUUUGUGUAAAAAGUCCAGAUUUUAGAUCGGUAUGACCAGUAUGUUUUGGUCAUGAAAGCCCAGUCUGCUGCCCCCCCACCCUCACUCCCAUGUUUGCUGUGACCCUCACGCCCCCCCCCACACACACAACCCUCCCUCACACAGCGUACACCCUCUGCCUCAGCCUCCACACACACAGCAAUGAUUUCAGGUGUGUUUGACUAAUGCUUCACAGGUCAGCGCAGAGGGUUCAUUUGUGUGAGGUUGUGUAUAUUUUAUAUUAUUAAUAAUAUUAUUAUUAUUAAUAAUAAUGACAUUAUUAUAUUAUGAUCUUGAAAUGUUUUUGUUACGUUUUAAUUAAUGUAAAUUGGAAAUAAAAACCAAAACCAAGUAAAGGCUGAUGUUGCUUUUUAUUUAAGUACUCUUUCGUCCCCCACCCACCUCCAUGCUGAAGUAUCUGGGGCAGUGGUUUGUUUUGUUUUGUUUCGUUUUUUUUUUUUGUCUUAUUAGAAAAAAAAGUGACACCUAAACAUUAUUCUGUGCCCUGCUUCCACCUAAUGUUUAACUCAAAAUUUCUAGACAGAGGAAACAUGGAUGGCUUGAUUGUGCUUUGAUGACCAUGACAAAAUAAACAAGUAAAUCACACUGAGUUGAAAGUAUGUCGUGUACGUGCAAAUGUAAAAUAUAUUUCCCAUCAUUUCCUCCAGUGUUAAUGCAUGGUAAAGUAGAGUGAUCAGCUUACUAUGAAUUGAUAAUGUCUUCCUGUACUUCUGUUGCUUCAAUUCAUCUUCUUGGCUUUUUCAACCUCCAGUAGCAAUAAAACGUAGAAGCAUUUCUAUGAACGUAUUAGAGCAAUGUUUCUUUUAUUUUUUACAUAUGUGCUACCUUUUUUUUAUUAGUUUUUUUGAUAGUUUGUUUAUUAUUUAUAUGUAAUUUAUAUGUAUUGGUUUCCACUGUAUGAUUUGAUCCUUGUUUCAGUCAUUGUUGCUUAAUAAAUAGGAAAGUAAACAGAAACACAUUGAUAAAAAU